AUGUCGACAAUUAUCAGACUCAACGGCGAUAGCUCUGCGAUGUCCAUGAUCGUACGUCCAAAUUGUCAAAAGUUUUCCCGAACACCGUUCCAAGCACCAAGCCUUGAGAUCUCCAUGAAGAAACAGAGAACAUCUCAAAGCGUGACGCAGGUUCAAGAUGCGAUGCAGCAUUCGGUGUUGAAAGAGGACUCGGAUUGCCAUCAGUCGCAGCCACCUUUCCUCGUAAAUACUGCCAGACGGGUCACGAACGCACUAACAGCCAGGGAGAUAUACGAGUCUGCCCUGGAUCCAGCACUCGUCCCGGAACCGCUUACGUUGAGGGGGCAAUACCGCAACGUGUCCGCGCCUGCCGCGCUUCAAACUACAAGAUCAGACAGUCCGCGCUAUACACCUCUUCAACAGGUCGCAACUGGGGAUGGAAGCUCUAAGAGGCAUUUUCAUAGCCGACGUCGAAGUCACCAACAUGUCCUUCUAGAUAUAUCAGCACGACUGAUCGCUGCCGGAAUCGAAGCAGCUGACGUCGCCCAAAUAAUGAACCUCAUACUGCAAGAACUGAUCCACAAAAUUGCACGCUGUACGGUGGCUGUUCGAGACACGCCGAGUAUUGUGGAGGAAGAGAUCCGAACGUUCUAUGCUUCAAAUUCAGCAUCCUCGGACGGCGGGUUUCCACAGAGCGGAGGUAUAAGCCCGCAUGUGACCGAUGCGGAUGUCACUCAUAGGCGAGGAGAUCCAUUCCAGGAAGAAAGAACAACCCAUCAUCACCAGUCCGACGCAGUAGAGGAAGGUCCAUGGGCAAGAAUCAAAGAAAUGGCCACCCCACACGACUUUGCGGUGGACGGGCAUCAGCAGGAUGAAGGAUUAUCCGUGUAUCACGAUGCUCUUGAGAGUCUUGAGAAAGAGCCAGCGAUGUACCAACAGCUAAUACAACAGGGAGAGCAUGAUACCUCAACUUGCUGCAGACGGCCAGCCGGCCUAGGAUUCUGGCGCCGCAACGCCCCUGCUGCACUCCCUGUCCAAACCACUCCGGCAAGCGAGAGCAUAGCACUGGUACCAUCACCACUGACUGCGCAACCAUCUAGGAUGGCAACGUUUCUUAUGGGUAUCCGCACAGCAAUCUUCGCAUCGCUAGCUACUAUCGUCGGCAGACUUCUUGGGGUCUUGAUGUCCGAGCUGCAGACGUCAGGGUUCAGUCUCAUCAAUAUCCUGAACACCCUUGGUGGUUGUGCGAGAAUGAUUGCACUGGUUCUCGCUAUGGUUCUGUGUGUACAGAUCUAUGCGAGGACACGUUCAUGA